CCUUGCUAUUUCUCUCUCUCUCUCUCUGCUCCUUCUUUCUCCAAAACCCUUCUUUCAGGGUCACUGCUAGGGUUAGGUUAGGUUAGGGUUAGGGUUUAUCCACCUUUUUUCUCGACCACUCUUAUUUUUAUCUUCUUUCUACUUUCCUUUCAAUCUCUCACUUCAAUUUAAACCUUUUACGUUAGGGUUUCUUCCGCAAUCCUCUGUUCUCGGAGGUCAUUCUUUUAUUCGGAUCUCGAUCUAUGGAUACCCGCAAGAGGGGAAGACCCGAACCCGGCUUCAACAUAAAUGGCGGACUCAAGAAAUCCAAGCAAGAAAUGGAGUCCUUAUCAACUGGUGUAGGAAGCAAAUCGAAGCCAUGUACCAAGUUUUUCAGCACUGCUGGAUGCCCAUUUGGUGAGGGCUGUCACUUCUUGCACUAUGUUCCUGGUGGUUAUAAUGCUGUUGCCCAGAUGAUGCAUCUAACACCUGCAGCAACUCCAGUAUCUAGAAAUGUUACCGCACCACCACCUGUACCUAAUGGGUCCACACCACCCGCCGUUAAAACCCGCAUAUGCAACAAGUUUAAUUCGGCUGAAGGUUGUAAAUUUGGUGACAAAUGCCAUUUUGCCCAUGGUGAAUGGGAACUUGGCAAGUAUAUUGCUCCAUCAUUUGAUGAUCAUCGUGCCAUGGGACCCACUGCAGCAGGUCGUAUUGCUGGUCGAAUGGAGCCUCCUCCUGGUCCUGCCACUACCUUUGGUGCCAAUGCCACUGCUAAGAUCAGUGUAGAAGCUUCCCUGGCUGGAGCAAUCAUUGGGAAGGGUGGUGUGAACUCAAAGCAGAUCUGUCGCCAAACCGGAGCCAAACUUUCAAUUCGAGAGCAUGAAUCUGAUCCAAACCUUAGAAACAUUGAACUGGAGGGAAGUUUUGAACAAAUUAAGGAAGCAAGUAACAUGGUAAAGGAGUUACUGUUGACCCUGAAAAUGUCUGCACCACCUAAAACAACCCCAGGUGUUCCUGGCGCCCCAGCCCAUCCUGGAAGCAACUUGAAGACGAAGCUGUGUGAGAAUUUCACAAAAGGAUCUUGCACUUUUGGAGAAAGGUGUCACUUUGCACAUGGAGCUGCUGAAUUACGUAAAUGAGGAGUGUGAACUUACCCUUAGUCAGGUUCAUUAUCGUAUUAGCGGGCGAUUUUUAUUAUUAUUGUGCAUUGCUACUUAGUGGUACUGACAGGACUUCUGAUGUUAAGAGUUUUGCUGUUCUGAGUUUCUUUACAAAGCUACUUUUGCUUUCCAAUUCCAACUUUUUCCUCAUAUUUAGGUUGCGGACUUAGCUUGAAGUCGCGGUCUCAAGCCCAUACUAAAUAUGGUUUUUGUUCUUUGUCAUUUUGAGGUUGUUCAUGAAUUUUAUUUCUCCUUUCCUCUAUUUCUCCGUUGCAUAAGAAUUUUUAAAAUGAUGUCCGUGCUUGGCUGUGAAGCUGAAUAUUUGUGGGUG